CAGUGUUUACAAUCUGCCCGUACGAGCCAGAGGCUUCUGUUGUUGUUGCUGCUGCUCCGCGUCUCCGUCGUGUCGCCUCAAUUUUCUUAAUUUUUUAGUUGCACAUUGCGCGUGUAGUUUUUAAAAAUAUAUAUCUAUACAGCCCUUUGGCUUUCCACUCGUUUAUUGUCCGCUUUUGUAGUUUCCCGAGCGACUUCUUCAAAGUUAUUGUCGUAAACAAAAGGGGGACGAGUAGAAGCCGCGAGGAGGCCCCGAGGGAGCGAUGCCGUCGGAGAAGUCCUUCAAGCAGCGGCGGAGUUUCACCGAGAGGGUGAAGGACGUGGAGCUGAUCCGCUCUCAGCACCCCAACAAAAUCCCGGUUAUCAUUGAGCGAUACCGCGGAGAGAAGCAGCUGCCAAUGCUGGACAAAACCAAGUUUCUGGUGCCGGACCAUGUCAACAUGAGCGAGCUUGUCAAGAUUAUACGGCGCCGUCUGCAGCUGAACCCCAACCAGGCGUUCUUUCUGCUGGUGAACCAGCGCAGCAUGGUGAGCGUGGCGGCGCCCAUCUGCGAGGUGUACGAGCAGGAGCGCGACGACGACGGCUUCCUCUACAUGGUCUACGCCUCGCAGGAGACCUUCGGCUUCUGAGCCGAUCCGAUCCUCAGCCGACGACUUUUCAACACGGCCGCGCCCGGACCUCGCCGCCGUGUGCGUCCUUACGACUCUCGCCACGACCCCGACUAAUCGCCGCCUCUUUAUUUCCCUCCAUCCCUCUCCCCCACCCCACUCGUCAUCCCGCCAACCUGCCCCACUUCCCCCUCCCACCCCCGGCACACUGUCCUCCUCCGAACCUCGCAUUUUGUUUAAUUUCAUAGCUGCCAAUGUUCUGAUUUGAUGGACCGUUGUACGUUUCUCCGUUCACGCCUACCAGUUUUUUUUUAUUUUUGACCGUGCUCUGUUUUGAAGCGAAACGGGAUGGCAAACCUGACAAUUACCUUGGAAUUGCGUCCGGUCGUAAUGUCGGAUGUUAAUAUGAAGCCUAAGAUAUCACGCAGCUCAUGGUUGGCGCGUGCAUACCACUGCUAAUUAUGACCUCUCGUUUGCUCCCCUUCCUGACGAGCACCUGCUCCGUUUUCUGCGCUGUAAGGAAUUAGGGAAAUAUCAUGGCAUGCUCUUGUUUUUUUGACGGCAAAAAAUUGGAGCAUGCUUAGCUCCCCUUUUGACUUUCCUAAGUUGGCAGCUAUGUAAUUUAAUUAUAAUGUUUUUAUUUUUUAGACUGGCAGUGGUAGUGCCAUCUUGACUUGGCUGCCCCAGCGGGUUUGCUUGUUCCGAGGGUGCCACCCGCUGCAAACGACUGACAAUUCAGGCCGAUUCUUCAGGAGCCUUUUGUUGACAUUUCGUGGACUCUGUAUCCUCAAGCCGUGGAUACACGGGGGGCCACUUGUUUGUGAUCCUAGGCAAGAUUCUCUCUCUCCACGGAGGCCUGAACACCGGCAGGGCUUACAGCCAUAGUGAUUCCCCCCCCCCACAAAAUUUGCAAUGAUCCAACUGGGGAACUUUGGAUAAUAACUCCGACACUGUGAUAGCAACGCGUGUACAACGUGGCAAACGCGCGAAUUAGCAACAAUUGCAAGCGCGAGUACAUUUUUACAACACGGGAAAUGUAAAUUGGUACAUUACAAACCAGCCGUGCGCGUUGGAAACGGGGAGUCGUGAUGCUGCCCGAAAUGCGAUUGGCGCCGCGUUUAAUUGGCCCAAACGGGCAGCCAUGCUUUUCCCCUCGCUUGUACCCACGCAGUUCCCCGAUGAAGGUUUAUCAAAGGAUGUUUCGAUGCCACCAAGUUGUCAUCGUGUUCCCGUGACUAAAACGAUGGAAACCCGUAAACUGAGGCUUUUCAAAAACCGUUCCCGUUUGCAAAUUGCUCACCUUGGCUCGUUUCGGCAAUGGCGUUACUAUAUCACCAGCAGCGCCGUCGAUAACUACCACGACAGCGUGCUGCCCGCCCUGUGGGGGAUGACCGCGUCUCGUUUCCAACGGUCGUUUUCAACGUCCCGGGAUCAACCGCGUUGCUCUCUGAAGCGCGGGGGGACAUUUUUUUUAUUUUAAAGAAAUGCUGGGAAGUUGAGAGGCGCCCAGAGGCUUUUUUGUUGUUUUAAGUUCACUAACUACAUCGGCUGCACCUGUGCAAGAACUUUGUUUGCCUUUACCACCUUCCAGUUGUUGCUGGGUACAAAAAAAAAACGUGUAGCAUUCUUUCACCAGCGAUAGCUAAAUUGUGUUUGUGUUUUUUUUCUUCCGUAGUCGAGUUUAUUUACGAUCUGCUUCGUAUUAAGUCGCUGUCGAGUUUUGUUUUCCUCGCAGUGACCUUUUUCUUUUUGUUCACUCGUAGCUUUUAAGUUGCCCGAUUUUCUAGUCCCGUCAAGGCGUUUGAACCGCAUCUAUCACCCGCUUAUUGUACGCGACGAACGCGCCUCAUAUUCGACAACGCGAGCCGCAAGAGCCCGUUAAGCAAAUUAACCUACCAAAAUAUGAUGCUUUGCACAGGUAAAGGUUUUAAAAGUGACAUUCUUUCUGAAAUCGUUGCAUAUUACUUUAAACUUAAGAUACCGCGAGAUAUUAUUCAAUUGCUUCCUGUAUUUUAAAAGCGUUCGUUUAUUGCAAACUGUUUUAAAAACUUAAAACUUCAUGGUGAUCUGUGCUUCCCCCCCCUCCCCAUUUUACUGUUAAAACUUUCUCAUUUUCCACUUUGCUCGCGGUAAAGUUUGUGCAUGGAGUUGAAUUUUGAAAUAAGCUGGCGCUUUUCAGCGUCAUAGUGGACCGAUAGCCCCCUUGUGCGCAUUUAAAAUCCCAGCAUCGCAGUCUUUUGCAGCGCAGGAUAUAACGCUGAACACGUUAAGUUAUGAAUACGCCCAUGCAUGUGCAGCCCUGUUGUCAGUCCACUGCUGGAUGAGGGCCUCCCAAUGCCGUGCGGGUCAUGGGGGUUAUACUGACCACACUUCACCCUGGUCAGUGCAGGGUUGACAAGGCGAGAAGCACGUACGUUGUGAGCAUGGUACAGUGCAAAAGUGAAUGUUGGUGCACUGCCCUCUGACAACGUAGCCCCGUAGCGGCCUGCAACGCCCGGUUUCUAGCGUGGUGGUCGCCCAUCCAAUCGCUAUCCAAGUUGAAACCCCGCUUAGCUUCCAAGAUGUGACGAGAUCAAGUGCACUGUGGGUGACUUGGGCCGCCGGCGUGCACGCAUUGCCGGGAUGAGCGAGACAUUGGGCCGCACCGUUGCGGAGGAACAAACUUGCGCUCUUGCCAUCUGGGAGCAACAGAAGGCGCCGGAGCUUUCUACGGAGCCUGGCGACCAGUGCCCAACUCACGGCACGGCCAGAUAGAGCGCCAGAUGUGGCAGUGCGCAUGCUAUGGCGAUGCCAGGGCCACGGUGAGGGACGAUGGCCGGGUGGCGAGGGAGAUCAGAACGCUGAGCUGGGACCGCUGAGAUGGAUUCUAAUGCAGGCGACUGUCCGUAAUGAGAUGAUGCCCACGGCCAACGACUGCACAUAAAUACCCCUCGCAUUAAAUUUGGUUUUGCGUUAAGUUUCGGCUCCAUUCUACCUCUUGAAAAUUAAAAAAAUAUAUCGGUUUGAUGGACGUCGCUCUCGGUGGCUCGAAAGGGAUCUUUUCGUGGUCGCUCCGUGAUGUCCGCUUCAACGGCCGCUCUCUUCAAGUGGGCGGGGGUGGGGGUCGUCGCACUAUUUGGUGACGUUUUCAAAUAAUAACCGCUUCGUCUCGUGUGACGUGUGGCCGAUGUCACAACUGGGAUGAAAAUGGAGAAAGACAAAUAAGUAUGGCUUUCACGACCAAUAUCCAUAACAUAGGUUGUUUGAGUUAGAGCUACCCCAAAAAAAACUUUAUUGUGGAAAUAUAAUGUGGAUUGCGGCACAGGGCGAGGUUUACAUGCUGGGUGGCCUGACACCUCUCCCACUCUUGAGGAGGGGGGUGGGGGAUGAGCAGUGGCGGUCACACGGAGUCCGAAGACUUUCAGGAGGGUCCCGCGACAUUGGGAUGAGUGGCCAACACCAAUGACAUUGUGUUUGUGUGCGUGUUUAGCUUUGGGAGGAAUCGCAUGGAGAAGAGCGGUAGAACAUACAAAUGCCACACAGGAAAGCGGCAAAUUCGGGAAUGGAAUCAUUUUUGCCCUGAGGCGCAAGUGUGAGCACUGCACCACAUUUGCCGAUGAUGGGCGCUCACGUGUCGGUCGGUCUAGUGCAGCCGCCUCAAACCCUAAGACGUCUCCACCCACGCCUCCCCGUGGACCUCGGCAGCCCUCGACCUUAGCCGGGGCGAGCCGUGCAGCCGUUAAAUGCCGAGACCCGUGUCUCUCGGACUCCGCUCAAGGAUAAUGACACGCGGAAAAUGUGACGUGCAGUCUGCGAAAGGCACGAUUGUGGCCAUUGGAUCGGUCGACCUGCCAUGCCUUGCAUGCCAUGUGACGUGACCAUAUUGUGUGCAGGCUUUCACCUCGCCUUGUGUGUUUGGCCACCGACUCGAAACGAGUCAAAAUUGUGGCCAUAUUAUUUUAGAGCCUCUCUGUGCACCAGUGUAACGCCUUGCUAGCUAUCUUCAGUGCAGUGUGGUCAUCAUUGCCUCGGGGGUAUUUAUGGGCAUGUCACAUGACACGCAAGGCACGACGUUUGGUCCGAUCCAACAUCACAAUCGCACUUUUAGCUGCCUAUAAGUUGCCCAUUCCAUGUCUCGGCUUUAUUCCUCUUGUUCGUUUCCAACCUGCAUGUGCUGUUCUCUCAGAUGAGAGUCUCAUCAGUUACUGAGAGUGUUAGAAUCGGUUUUGCUUUUCAAGGCUGUUUCGUCCAACUUUAAAUCACAAUUCCCCCCCCAACCAACCAUAAUAAUUGGCCCUCAAAUUAACGUUGAGUUUGAAGCCGACGUCAUGGCUAAAGGACACCAGCUACCAAAGGGAGCAGCGAAUCGUCCCCGAUCGUAAUGAAUGAUGCCGAGCCCGGCGGCCCAUGAUUUUCGGUGCGUGUGUGUUCUAUUAGGAAGCGCGGCGCUGGUUUUUGUCGAAUUGCGUAACAGCCGCAUUUCCAAAUGGUUCUAAAUUGAGAUAGUUUCUGCGCUGUACUGUUGCUUGGCAGUCCGCCCCAUUGUCAGGUUAUGUAAGAUCGCGGCUGCUGGAAAACAUUCGCAAAUGCCAUUGAUCGGGGGGGUGGGGGGGGGUGCAAAAGGUGUUGUCAUUUUAGUUGGCGUCGUCGCGCUAACGCCUCUACAGGAACACGACCGCUCCCACGUGGUCGAGGCAAGUUUAUCCGCUCGGGUCCAUUGAAUGAGUGCGUGGCGCAUCUUUUAUUGGGCGUUUCACAUUUCUCGACAUGGGGUUCGGGGGAGAAGGGGCGAGGGCGAAUGCAGUGCCAUGUCCUGUCCCCAUCUACAUUCGCUAAAGCUGCUCGCACCGCAACGUUCAAUGUUUCUCGCUGACCGGGUUAAAGUUACGUGACGGGACAGCAGGCGCGCACGGAUACCACCAGGGGCAUUGCGCAGCGUUUGGCCACUGAUUAAAGCCCCCCCCCCCCACGGCUGUACAUAGCUUUUUCUACAAACGUGGGGGUGACAGCGGUAGGCGACAGUCACGUUCUGUGCUGCGCGGUUUAGGUGCAACUUUCGUUCCUGGAGCACAGCACCCGUGCCGGGACGAUCGCCUUGCCGUGCGUCCCGAGCUCUGAUCUCCCCGCCCGCAGGGCUCCGUGCAAGAAGCAUGCCCCUCGUGUUCAGUGUGAACCGUCGUGCCCUGUGUGUGUGUGUGGGUGGCUUCCAAUCGGUCGAGAUCUCGUAGCGCCAGUCCCUCUCUUCUCUCCCCGCGCCAACGUGAAGCGUUGCAGAAGCGAUGAUGACCAGCAUGUCACGUGAUCGGUGCAUACAUCCAGUAAAAAAGAACGUACACACAGAAAUAACGACGUCAAGCGUCGGCAAAGUUUGACCGAACUUCGCCUAAAGCCCACGGUGUGGUUGAUACGCAUGGACUUGGCACGCAUGCACGUGGGGACGACUAUUAGACAAACCACCCCGCCUCUUGUCAAAUCGCGCUUUGGGUGCUGGUACAAUUAACUCUGCCUAAUAGAUUGUUGCUUGUAGGUAUACGCUAGAGUAUUCACAGAUUAUCACGUGUAACUUCCAGUCGCAGUCAUGUUUUCUUUUAUUUUGGAGCACUUUAAACCCGCGGCUGUGUACAUUUUGCUUUCAGUUAUUCACGGCAGAUUCCCUGUGGGGGGUGAACAGCGACUCCUGUUUGCAUUCGGAGGAUCAAACCGGAGCCAACCGUUUGGAUUGGAUGCAAAGAGGGGAAGGGGAUGUCUGGAUCCGAGGGUUAAGAAUGUUUCGUUUACCGGCAUACAUUGUGUCACGUGUGUGGGUUGUGGUUUAUGGUUGCUUAAGUGUACUGCGGCAUUAAGUUAAAUAAAAGUGAACAAAACUG